UGCGGUUGUUCAUAUCAUAGCUCUCCACGCGGGCCAGCGACCCCCUACGUCAGGUCUUGCAGCGUGCCUUUUACCGUGACCGUUCCUCCUCCCGGUCCUCCGUCCUUCUCACAUCCUCACUCCGCCAAUGGCCGCCGUAGCCCGUCCUCCGCCGCCAGACAAGGCCCUCACCACAGAGCCCGCCUUGCACGACAGCCCAUCCCAUGCCAACAUGGAACCAGACCCGCAAGCACCUAGGCCCGUGCCUUUUCCCCGGCAAAGCGAUGCGGACGCGCCAGUGGGCGGAGGAGCAGGCAGCGGAAGCAAACAACCGAUCGAGUCCCCUCCGGCGCCUGGCUCGGGUGCGCCCUCCCCACCUCGGUCUGCAGCCAGCCCCGCUGCUAGUGUCGGACAUUCCGCGGGAGGACACACCCCAGGCCCUCUAGACGAAUCGCGCUAUCUCGAGCCAACCCUUCCGCCUCAGGCAGGUCAUCCAAGGCGUAUCAAAGAUGACGAUCUCCCCCCACUUCCUACAUCGAAUCCGAGGUGUCCUUGUCCAACCCCAGCCUCUUCAGGCGAAUAACCAAGAGGUUGCUCCCAGUCGUCUCACCUGUAGAACACUCCGAUGCACCCCCGACCUCAUUCCAAAUCUCGCUACCGACCAGGAG